GUCAAGUCCUACUUCGCCAAUUCAGGAUCAUGAAGUGGCUACUUUCUUUUGUGGUCUUGGCCAUUGUUGCCGUGGUGAGGGCGGCGAGUUUUACAGGGAAUAGGCUGCUGGUUGUUCUUGAUGAGCAGGCGGAGCGCGAGAAGUACAGUGUGUUUCUUGAGGAUCUGGCGGCUCGUGGUUUCCACACAACCGUCGAUUCUCCCAAGGGCGACAAAGUUGCACUCUUCAAGCACGACGAGCGGACAUACGACCAUGUCCUCCUACUCCCCGCAAAGUCGAAGGGCCUCGGCCCAGCUCUGACUGCUAACAACCUUCUCGAAUUCGUGAAGAAGGACGGCAACCUCCUUGUCGCACUCUCUAGCGAGCAAGCUACCCCCACCGCCGUACAGUCUCUCCUCCUCGAGCUCGAUAUCAGCAUCCCCAACAAUAAGGGCGCAUUGGUUGUCGACCACUUCAACUACGACUCUGACUCCGCAUCAGAGAAGCAUGAUGUUCUGCUGCUCCCAUACCCUGCGGCACUGAGAUCAGGCCUUAAGAAUUACUUCGGUGGAGAGGGGUACAUCGCCGUUCCCCGCGCUGUCGGACAGGUCCUCGGAAACGAUUCGCCUCUGCUCUCGCCCAUUCUCCGCGCCCCAAGCACAGCGUACAGCUACGACUCCAAGGAUGAGGCUGAGGCUGUGGAGGACCCCUUCGCUGUUGGCCAGCAGUUGAGCCUUGUCUCUGCUAUGCAGGCACACAACUCGGCACGUCUGACCGUUCUUGGAUCUGCUGAGCUGCUCCAGAACAGGUGGUUUGCUGAGAAGGCUAAGCUCGGCGACAAGGCUGUGACAACUGCUAACCGCGACUUCGCGGCGAAGCUGUCUGCCUGGACCUUCAAGGAGACCGGUGUGCUCAAGGUUGGCAAGGUUGUCCACUACCAGGAUGAAGGUGCUAGCAAGAAGGUCAAUGCCAGCAUCCCGGAGAGCAACCCUACCAUCUACCGUGUGAAGAGCGAUGUGCACUACCAGGUAGAGAUCUCUGAGUACUCCAACGACCACCUCAUUCCCUUUGUCCCCGCUGCGAACGACAACAUACAGCUCGAGUUCAGCAUGUUGUCUCCCUUCCACCGCCUCAACCUCUCCCCCAUCUCUCAAACCGCCAACUCCACCAUCUUCGGCGUCGCCUUCAAGACCCCCGAUCAGCACGGCAUCUUCAACUUCCGCGUCAACUACCGCCGACCUUUCGUCACAAACAUUGAUGAAAAGAGGCAGGUCACAGUCAGGCACUUUGCCCACGAUGAGUGGCCGAGGAGUUGGCAGAUCAGUGGUGCCUGGGUCUGGAUCGGUGGUAUCUGGGUUACAGUUGCUGGGUGGUUGGCAUUCAUUGCUGUCUGGCUGUACAGUGCCCCGGCUGAGAAGAGCGUGAAGAAAACACAAUAGACGAAUCUGAAGAUGUGUUGUAUGUAACGGGCAGCUUUGACCCUGGUAUGAUUGAGAAGAGAUAUCCCAUCAGCGAUGCGAGGUAUGUAGAUUAUGGAUUAUGGUCUGGCAUGACCAAAAGCUUAGCAUUGAAAUGAAGCCUUUGUCAC